AUGGACGCUCCAAGCGACCGUCAGCGACAUCAUGUCGGUCAUGUGUGUCAGUUGAACUAUGAAGCCGGUGGAUCUCUGAUUUCUACAGCUCUCGGAGAGGGGAAGAGCAUCCUACCCUUCUCCAAAGGGCCGUGCCGAAUGAUGCUCGGUGACCGGGUGUCAUUUUCCCUGACGAGCCGCUGUGAAGUGAUGGAUGUUUCUUUGCUGCCGAAAGCUUCGGAGCCAAGGGAUGCCAGUGAGGAUUCCAGCACUGUCGCAUCACCUUCAGGUCUCAGGAAGCUGCAACGGAGCAUUGGAAGAUUUUGCAAUGCAGAUCUGCCAGGACAACUUCAACUAGUGGCAAAUGCUGAAGAAAGACUUGAUGAGUUACUUCAUGACAGCGAAUUGGAUGGUGAUGCCAUUUGCAAAGUCGUGGCAUGUUGUGCUGGAUGGCUUCGUUCUCCAUUUUCACAUGGAGCUGUCAGGUCAGGCUGGUCAGGAGACCAAGACUCAAACAUGGAAAGUGGCGGAGUCCAGAGCAGAGUCAGGCGACUGUUAAUUCGGGCUCUCAGUCACCUAGAUUUGACCCACAACACAACCCUCCAGGCAGUUGUAUCAGCGGUCAUCUACAUUCGUUCCUUGUUACCUGACAGUGACUACGCAGAGGGCCCAGGUAGGCUUGCUGCAAAACAGUGGAAUCAGCUACGAGCGUUGGUGAGUUGCAUCGAGCCAGCGGUCGCUGCCAGCUGCAACCCUGAGCCCCCCAAGGGGCCCCUGGGGGUGCCUGAGGCUCAGGGUCCAAGGCGCACUGGCGGCACAGGGAUGCUCGGAAAGGACAAGGGAACCACCAGUGGAGGUGUUUAUUGUCCCAGUGAAAAGGUCAGAAGAUUGCGCUUCGUGUCAGGGAACCACGAGAAAGUUGAAAUGAAAUGCCGGCAUUGCCAACAGAUCUUUACUAGCAGAUGGCGCUGGACACAUCCGGGCACUGGGCAAAUGCACAUCUUGGUGCCGCACACAGGCCAUCGAAGAUGUACAAAACAAGAAGGCAGAAAGUCUCCGUGGAUCAUUGCCAGCCAGCUACCCUCCAAGAUUGAUACGAUUGGCAACACCGAUUUGUGCCCGCACCACGUGCAGAAGCAGAACUGCAAUGCCAAAGGUCGGAACAUUUGUCCUCACAGUCGGCAGCGCAAUCACUGCACGAUCUGCAAGGUGACAUGGACGUCCAGCAGAGCGAAGCAGGUCAUCUCAGGUCUACGUCGGCUACGUCUUGCCGCGCUGGAAUCAUGGCUGACGAAUCGCCUCCGGUGCAACAUGGUGGUCAUCAAGCUCGCAACGGGGCAGGAACUCUACAAUUUCCUCUCGGAGCACUUUCAAUCUGGGAGUGACCUGAGAGCAGAUGGCGUUGUGGAUGGAACCGGGCCUACUCUCUGGUAA